GCCUGUCUCUCGCUUAAAUCUGGAACCAGUCAGCAAUGGAUCCUACAGAUGAUAUUAUGAUUAAAUAUAAGAACAUUGCAGCAUCUCUCAAAAAACGAUUCCUAAGGAAGCCUAACCUUUCUGAAGGAGCAGAUCACUUUAGCAGGGAAGCUCGAAUUUUAAGAGAUGAAGAAUGUUUUGAAUAUUCAGCAUUCUUCAGUCUAGCUCAAGCAAGAUGCGAGCACACACUACCGAACUAUCCUGGAGAAGCGGAUGCACUUAUAUGUGCUGCACAGUCAUUUUUGGAAGCUCACAUGCUCGAAACGGAACUUAAUUGUCCGUCUUUCAGAGAAAAUUUGUUGGCUGCAUCUAAUUGUUUCGACCAUGCUAUAAGGGUUUAUAUUGAAAAUAACGAACGAUGUUUAGCUGCUAGUCUUUGUAUCCAAAUGGGUGAUACACUAAGGAAAUUGCACCUGCCUGACGAGGCAAUCAAUCAUUACGAAAACGCAAUGGAACAUCAAAAGGGAAAUGUCACUGUUGUUUCACAGUGUUUUAGGGAUAUAGCUUCUUGUAAUCUUGAAAUAAAGAACUAUGAAACAGCUCUAAAGACUUUAACAGAUCUAGCCACCUAUUUAAGAAAAAAUGGACAUAAGUCAUCUUCCGGCAAAGUGUUAGGAGAAUCUAGAGAUAUUUUAUGUGAAGCAGAAAUUAAUAGAAUACUAAUCCUAAUGUUAACUGAGCCAAUGCAAAGUAGAUUACAUCCAGCAAACGCAUCUUUGAUGGAAACUUACUCCUGGUUGGCCGAGGAUUACGAAAGAGAUACAUUUCUACCAAAAAAUAUGUUCCUUCUACUUCAAUCAGCUUUUAUGGCAAAUCAAGCCCGAGACUUUGAAGCUUUAAGUGAUUUAUCACAAGAAUUAAGCCCAUUUUUGAAUGUGGAACAAAAACAAUUGUUCAGUUUAAUAUUAUCUGAACACUGUAGAUGAAAUAAUUCUAUUCUAACUUAGUAAAAUACUAUUUUAUUUUUUCCCUGUAUUGUCUGUAACAGAUAUAAAAUAUAUUCAAUUAAGAAAUAAAUAAAGCUGUAAUAAAU